AUGAAUUCAUCACCACAUUCACGAAGUAGCGUUGAUCUUCGUUCUGAGGAGAAGAGCGCCAGUUCUAAACUAAGAGACUUUUUGCACAGAACUGAAAGCCACUUGAAUUCAAAUGUCGUGAAUGGGAGUAAAGGCCAUUUACGAUACCAAGGUAAAACGUAUAAAAAUAAUCCUUCUGCUACAUCUACGACCGAUGUUCAUGAGGUGAAAAACGUGAAUCCUUUGGUCGAAGAAUUUGUGGCAGCGAGGGUCAAGGUAGAGCCUAAAGUUGCUAGCACUAUACGGUUCGGGUCUAAUCAGACCAAGUUUUUUGACGAAGACGCAAUACUUGGUUGUUCGAUGAAAAAAGACUCCUUCCAAGCAAGUGAGAUCAGCUCCAUAUUAGUUGUCAAGGAACAGGAACUGAGCGGCGUAGAUGACAGCUUCAAUGCUGGAUGGGAUGAAACCAUUGAAAUUGAGAAUCCAAUAAUUUUGGAAGGCAUGCUUCGCUGCUGGGAAGCUUGUGGUAUACCUGAUUCCGAGUUUGACCCUACAGACUUAGUCAUGACGGUGCAAAAACUCAGCUAUGGGAUCUUACAGGCAUUGGCGAACCAAGGGGCGGUCAGUAAGCUAGUUAGGGAAGUUGAGAUUGAAGAGAUCUCCGAAGAUUUUGAGGAGUGUUGGUUGGAUCUUUUGGAAGCACUGCAAUCGGAAGAACAAGUGGAAACGCUAAGCGCCGAACUAUCAGGCCAAUUCAAAAUAAACGCUGAGCAGAAAGCUCAAAAUGCAAUUCUGGAAGACCGUGUCAAAUAUUUGGAGUCUCAAUUGGAACUUCAAUCCAGGAAGGAAAGCGAAUUUGAGGAUCACGUUGCAAAAUUGCAUGAGUUGACACGGUUGUACGAUGAACAUAGUGUAAAGUACCACGACGCAUGUACCAGGGUGAGUAAAAUGGAAUUGGAUCUGGAAGAAAAAUCUCUGAAGAGCGAAGCUUUGUUGAGAGAAAAUUCUGAGAUUAGAGAAGACCUUGUGACGCGUGAACACGAGCUAGCAAAGUGCCAAAAUCAAGUACGACGUUUAGAGCGAACGAUUUCUCAAAGUCAAACUGAAACAGAUAAGAUACUGGAGCGGAAAACCCACCAUUGUGACCAACUAAUGCUAAAAUGCGAAAAUAUCGAAAAGAUCUGGCAGGAAAAAUAUUCUCGUAUGCACAACGAAUGUGAGAAACUUAACACGCAGUCCCAAAACCUAAAACUCGACUUACAAACAUCGAAAGAAGACAUGGAGAAAUAUAAACUGAAAACCGCUGAGUCUUUAAUUAUGCUGCAUGCGUCCCGAAAGCGGGUUCAAGAACUCGAGGCUAAAUUCUCAGAUUAUUCAGCUAAAAUAGCCACGACGUCAGCUCAGGUUGAAAAUCUAUUAGAGUUCAAAGAGAAGGCAAAAGCUCGAAUUAUGUCACUGAAGACUUCAAAGCUGGCAUUAAAAAAACGAAACGGAGAGAUACAAAGCGAAGAAAAGCUGUUACGGUCUCAGCUGAACGAAAUUAUUGACCAAUACGAGAUGAAGGAUACUGAAAACCACAAUCUUAUGAUAGAAUUGGAAAAGACGAAAAAGCUCUUCGAGGAAACAAGAAGCUUAUUCAAAACACCUGUUUCACCGCUAGGACAUAAAAGCAUCAAGAAACAUCGGCCUUUACGUAUAGUUACAAAUCGCGUUGACGCUUGCUAG